AUGAGUAGCAAAGAUUGGUAUUUUGGUGACGCUGACUCCGACAAUUAUGACGAAGAGUCAGACGAAGAUUUCGUUCUUUGUGAAGACGACGUUCCCCCAGAUACUAGCGACACAUCAGAAGAUGGAUCUGAUGACAAUUACGAGCCAGGUGGUGAUUUUGAUGGUGAUAAUAACUUCGAUGGAUUGGCAUCCUCUGAAUAUGAUGAUAAUCAGGAUAACCGCCGAGGGGAUAAUAAAAAAGGGAAGCAAGUUAGUAAAAAAAGUAGAAGUCGUAAGAGAUCUAACGGGAUCGGUAACGGAGACAAUCAUAUAAACGAGCCUCAUACUGAUGUGAAUGAGGUUGGCGAUUCUAGUGUUGAUGUGAAUAGAGCCGAAGGUUCCAAUGGUGUCGACAGUUCCAAUUGCGCAGACAGUUCCUUUGAUGUUACUUUCAUAAACGACAUGAAUAGUUCUUUUUCUAAUGGAAUGGACGGGGUUUUUCCUGAGGAUGCGAAUGGAAGUUAUCCGGACGUUACGAACGGAACAAAUGACACAUUCAAUGGACCCCUUUCAAAUAGCAUGAAUGGUAAUGUCAACGGCAUUAGCUCCAAUGGCUCCGAUGGAACAAAUGGCUUAAGUGGUACAAAUGGAGUAAACGAACAAGGAUCACCAAGUGACAGGUCACAAAUUAGGCAAGACGGCCGAAGAAUGUCACCUUCAUCAGAUAAUUCACAAGUACGCUUCGCGCCAUAUUCAUGUCGGCACAAUCCAUGCCCAAAUCCACACCAAUGCCAAAUGGAUCGUUUAAAUUAUCCAAGUCACCAAUUUUAUCCACCAUACUUCCCGCCAAAUUAUAGAUUGAGAAAACUUGAUGUCCCGUUUCAAAUUUUCUCAGAACAAUUUAAUGAGUAUCAUGAGGAACAAGAGUCGGAAUUGAAACAACUAGAAAUUACAGAACGUAAACUUAUUGAAAAAAAAAUGAUGGAAACAACACAAGCUGCUGCAGCAAAAAGACUUUCGGAAAAAAAGAAAUCCGAACUAAAAACAAUCACAGAUCGUAACAAAGAAUUAAGGGAUCAGGUGGAAGAUAUUCAUCGGACAUUGUUACCAAUAUUAAAUGACAUUAUGCUUGAUGAUAAUCAGGCGGGAGUUACUGAGCAGCUGAAUGCUCUCACCGUAGGACCAUAUCUGUUGGAAUUGGCAAAAAAAUUAUCGGAAUCUGAACUACAACCUUAA